CUUCCGCAAGCGCAGCUUCCGUAUCCUGCGCAGUUUGUUGUUACUGUUUAUCAGCUGUUGUUGCUGCAGUGGUACAUCUUUACAAGUAGGCGUAAAAAUCGCUCUCAGUCGUUGGUUUUUCACAAAAUAGCAAAACAAAAAAUGAUUUACGUUUGAUGCUACAUUUACAUGGAAACGUGACGAAAAUUAUGACAAUAGGUUAGUCCCAUUGCCAUUGUACAGUAAUGAGUUGUAGCUAAAUGCUAACCAAACAUGUCAGAUUGCGCUGUAUUAAAAUGCCAUCCAGAGCUAGGAACAUCCUUUCACUAUUUACCCAAAGACCCCGUUCAGAAGCAGAAGUGGUUAGAUUUCAUUUAUAAAUACCGUGUCGAUGUCGAUGAAAACAUAGAGGGAAUACGUGUGUGUAGUGCCCAUUUCAGCAAUGACAGCUUCCAAAACCACAUGCAGAAAGCGAUGGGUUUUGCAAAAAAAUUGAUUUUGAAACACGAUGCUAUUCCAACCAUCUAUCCACAUGUCGCAGCAGUAAGUGGCAGCCAAAAUGGAGCUGCAGUUUCACUUGUCAAAAAAACCGACGUGGCCUGUCAGUCUUACCCAGUAUGUGCACGUGAGAUCGGCCUCCAGUGCUUUUUACCUGCUAAGAGCGUACGCACGGUUGGGACCCAGUUGUCAGAGGGAACUUUAAUGAACAGAAAAAGCCAUGGUGGCCAAACCAGGCUAACCAUAAAGGGAGUGGGGGCGGAGCAACCUCUAGUACCGGAUCAUCAUCGUUACCAAGAGGGGCCAGAGUCCCUGAGUGACCCCGAAAGCUCCUCAGAUCCCCCCAGUGACGCCACCUCGGAGGAGUCGGGCAUCUCUGAGUCGACCAGCGACGUCUCGAAGUACAUCGUCUACGACAGCAGUUUGCUGCGGCUGCUGGACCGCUGCCCCACCUGCAGCCACAAAUGUCAGGUGAACACGCGCGUCAAGGGCUCCUUCCUCUCCGUCCAUCAGCAGUGCCGGCACUGUGAGUUCAGCAUUCAGCACUCUGAAGGACACCUGGCCUGAGGAGCACAGGGAGGCCCGCCACCGUCGCUCCGGCUCAGUGUGCCAUGCAGACGGGAGGUAGAGUUGGAGUUUUGCCUACCCUUGCAGUAACAGGUGGAGCUCGCCAUGACUUUAGGGGAUUCGAUUUUGGGACGUUGAUGGCAAUAAUAAUGGUGAUAAGUUAUAGGGUUCAAGCUGUCAGGGUUUUAUUUUGCGGGAGAUGAUUGUCCGGGAGAACACUACAGGAACCAACUGGAUACAGAACUUCAGGUCGUUGUAUUGCUAACCGCUAGGUUGUAUUUUGCACCAACUUUUUUCCCCUCCCCGCAGCCUGCGUUUUUAUUCUGUGUUUUUCAGACAUAAUAAGGGAGGUAAAAUGGUAAGAUCCUGGGCGAUGAUCCAGCACUUUAAUCAGCUUCAUCCUCGGUCGUAAUUGUGUCCACCAAUGCACUUGGUGCAGUAAGUUAACGUGGAUACAUGUGUGCUGCUUACUUUACCAGACAACCGCAUAAACCGACGGCUCUCUAUGUAUCGUGUUAACCCAUCAUAGGUGCAGUAUACCAAUUUGAUGACUUACUUGGCUAUGAUGUUUCCAUAUAUUAACACAUUGCCUAACAUCAAUAGCAUAUUUAUGACAGAAUACAACUGUAAUCAUCACUAUACUAUAUCAUACAUUUCCAAAGGUGAACCAGAAAGCUUGGUUUACGUCAGCAAAUAUCAACAUGAAACCCUUUUGGUGGCGGGAAGUAGCUUAUUAUCAUAAGCUAAGGGCUGUUUCGUUUUCAUUAUGACCAAUGUGUUCCUAUUGAUCCAGGGGGUGAUCUGUAAGUGCACAGUAAGAUCUUUAAAGUUAUUUUCUUUAAGUGAGUUCAUUGUCUGUGUUGACGCUCAUAUUGGUUUGAUUUGGUGUCUGGAUAGUUUGGGUAACGCUCACCCUCCGGGACCCAACUGUGUCUCCAGGGUGGAGGUGUACUGUAAACUGACAGCAGUGUCUUAACAACGUUGUUCUGCCUUAUAAAAGCUCUCUGGGGUCUUCA